AUGGACUUGGAGGUCAGUGAACCAAUAGACUUUAGUUCUGGAGAUCAUCAGCGUCUGGUUCGGAAAGCAGUAGAUAGUAACGUCCAGACCAAGUCUAGUGCCUCCACAAGUUCACCUUCAUCUGAGCCACAAAGAAAUCAUGGAGAACCACAUGCAAAGACUAGAGAGCCCAUGGAUAGCUAUGUGGUACAGAUUUCAGAGGAUACCACCCCAGAGUUCAGCAAUACUUUAAGCCAUCCGUUCUCAGAUUCAUCAAUCCGCAGAGCUUUCAUUAUAAAAGUGUUCCUGAUCCUGUCGGCUCAGUUGGUGGUCACUGGGGCGAUUAUCAGCGUGUUUAUUUUCUGGAAGGGUUUAAAAGCUUGGGUGCUCAUGAAUGCCUGGUUCACCUAUGCAAUCUUGCCAGCAUUUUUUGGUGUACUUAUUGUAUUUGCUUGUUGUGGGAAUCUCCAGCGUCAGGUGCCUGUGAAUUACAUUCUCCUGGGAGUAUUUACAGUUCUUCAAGGUCUGCUGCUGGGAGCCGUUUCAGUUUUCUGUAAUGCAGAGGAAGUGCUGUGGGCAACGGCAGCGACUGCUCUGGUGACGUUAUCGCUCACUUUAUUUGCUCUUCAAACAAAAUGGGAUUUCACCGUGCUAAAUGGGAUGCUGUUCGUUUUUCUCUUCGUACUGUUCAUCUAUGGAAUUUUCUUCCUCUUCAUACGCUCAUAUUGGUUGCACCUAUUGUAUGCUGGACUUGGAACUGUACUCUUCUCACUUUACUUGGUGAUGGAUGUGCAGCUCAUGGUGGGAGGGCGCCACCAUCACUCUGACCUGCACCCCGAGGAGUAUGUUUUUGCUGCCCUGAACAUCUACUUGGACAUAAUCAACCUUUUCCUUUUUAUUUUGGAACUGAUUGGACUGGCACGGUAGUCAUAUGGCCAAACUGGUUCAUGUUGAAAAAAGGGAAGGAGGGAUGCUUCUGAAAUGUUGCCAGGCUCAGACAUGAGAAGGUUACCACUUCAUAAACCUUUUGUUAACAAAAAUAUUUAAAGAUACUUACUUUUUGUCAAAUUAAAUCAAGCAUUCAGUAGAUGGUAGCUGUAGCUGUGAUAUUUUUGGUUCUAUUGUCACAUUGCAAAACUAUCUGGGGGACAUUUCUAAUUUUUAUAAAUUCAAAAGAUGAGUAUCAAAAUUACAUGCUUACAAACAUUUGCAAGAUGCCCAUUACAGUGUUGAAGUUUUCCAGGCAGUAUUUCAAGCAGUAAACAACAUCUCUCUACAUGAAUAAAUUUGAUUACAGAAACCUAUAUGUACCCAUUCUCUUCUCUUGG